AUGGAUGUUCUUGAUGGCCAAGACUUCUCAGAUGAUGUAGAUGGUAGGAAGGGACAUUCAGUUGUUAUUGAAGAGAUCAACACUGAUGAAGUGAAUAGAGUUGUUGAGGGAGCAAAAAGCAAUGGACUCAGAGCAACUAGAUGUAAUGAGGGAGAUGAUGAUGCUAAAUGGAAUGGUGUGACUAGUAAAGAAAAAGGUGUUGAACAAAGUAACUUUGGAAUUCAACAUGGUGCAAAUAAUGAUGAUGUGCAAUUUGAACAUGCAGAUUCAAAUGAGCUAUUGAGUUUAUAUGGUUUAUCCUUGGAGGAUGAGGAUAAUAGUAGGAGAAAGCCAAGGUUUCCUGAGUUCAGGGCUAAGACUGACAUGAAAGAAUGUACAUGUCUUGAUGCAUUGAAAAAGGGUUUUAGAGAGGCAUGCAAGCCUUUGGUAUGUUCGGAUGCAAGCCUUUGA